AUGGUGAAUGGUGUUGUUGAUUCUGCAUUGGAUACAGAUUACAUGGAAGAUGAGAUUGAAGAAGAGGCUGAUAAGGUGUUAACCUCCAUAGCUGGUGAGAUCGCUGCUCAGCUUCUAGAAGCCGCCAGGAAGGGAUGGCUGAAGGAACCUGCCACCCCGGCUCAGAAGAAAUUAGGGCUCGCCUUGCCAAAGUAUGGUCUCCAAUACAGGAUGGUGUUUAUGAAGGUGAAGAUCAAAGAGCUGCAGCCAUAUCGAUUUAAUUUAGUUCACCCGAGUGCUAUGCGGUACACAUCAGAUGAUGAAAUGGAAUUUCUUAAUCCAACUACAAUUUUGAAGGAGGUGUAAUCAAAACCACCAAUCUCUGAUUCCUUCCCAAAUUAUUUUCCUGCAAAGAGAAAUCUUGCUUUUAGGGUCUGCUUUCUAUCUUUUGUUCUAUGACUUUAUCCUACACUUAUCAGAAAGAUCACUAAUGUUUGUUUGACAAUAAUACCUAUAUAAUCAAACUAAACCCAUAUAUAAAUAACAUAAUUUCCUAAUUUGGUUAUGUGAUUCUAUGAUUCUAUUGAUUUUCUUUGUGAUGUUUCUGUCGAUUAACAUGACAUAUGUUUGUUUGUUUGUUACUACAGCUUAGGUAAACCCAAUAAUAAUAGAUAUAAAUCAAAGGCCAAUAUCAUCAUAGUUCCACAACUAUAGUUGCAUUAUGAGAUUACUUUCGGGUUUGAAUGAUAGAUUCAGUUUACAUAUUUUACUGGCCUUCUAUUUUUUUUAUUCUUUUUUUUUUUUUUUCAUUUGUGGGCAAA